CCGAAUUUUGUUACCGGCUGAUAUCCAAGGCGUCACUGUUUUUAGGUUAGGACACUAUGUUAGGUUAAGCAGGAGUAGCGUUACGAUUGAUACGUCAAAACGGUACAGUAGCUGAGUAUUUCGGCGUCUUAAUUUCUUAUUGAAAAUGUCUAAAAUAACUGGAUACGACACGCACGACGAUGGUCCAGGAUUUGUGGGCAUUAGAUUUUGCCAAGAAUGUAAUAACAUGCUGUACCCUAAGGAAGACAAAGAGAACAAAGUGUUGAUGUACGCCUGCAGAAAUUGCGACUUCAAGCAGCUCGCCGACAGCAACUGUAUUUACGUGAACAAAAUUAUGCACGAAAUUGACGAACUAACCCACAUCGUCGCCGAUGUUAUAUCAGAUCCGACAUUGCCAAGAACCGAGGAGCACCCCUGCCCAAAAUGCAAUCACCGAGAAUCUGUAUUUUUCCAAGCUCAAACCAGACGAGCUGAGGAGGAAAUGAGACUUUAUUACGUCUGUACAAAUCAGCACUGUUCACACAGAUGGACAGAAUAAAUUUUAACACAUUCUACGUGUAAUUCUGUAUGCAAACAAAAUUUAGACUUUUAUGUACAUAUACUUCUCGUCCUGUUAUAGUUCUCUAUAUAAAAUCUCAUUUAAAUUAGUACUAACUUAAGGUGAGAUAAUUAAGGUAUAUAAGUAAGGUAACAAAGACUGCUCCAGUUUUUAUUACAACAAAUCGAAUAAACUACAUUUCCAAU